AUGGCUGUCAAGCUACUCCUUUUGUUCUUCAUCUUGGCCAUUAGGACCAACCAAACUUAUUCUGGCAACAUUUCCAUCUACUGGGGCCAAAACGCAAAGGAGGGAACCCUUGCUGAGACCUGCGCCACUGGAAGAUUUGCAUACGUUAACAUAGCAUUCCUCUGCGUAUUUGGCAACAAUCAAACUCCUGUACUGGACCUUGAUGACCACUGCGACCCCUCCACCAAUGGUUUUGCUGUCGAUUGGUGGUGGCUAUUACCUGAGGACGCGAAGCGGGUAGCUCAGUACCUUUGGAAUAGCUACUUGGGUGGCUCAUACCAUUCAAGGCCUUUUGGUGAUGCUGUGUUGGAUGUCAUUGAUUUUGAUAUUGAAGGAGCAACCACAGAGCACUGGGAUGAAUUAGCAAGCACCGCAGUGUCCGUUCCCGACGUCUACAUGGGAAAGGCCUUAGCAAGUGGAUUCUUCGACUACAUAUGGAUGCAAUUCUACAACAAUUACUGUGAAUACAAUGGCAAAGCUUCUGAGUUGAAAAUAAUGUGGGAUCAAUUGACUAACAAUACCACCGCCACACAAUUUUUUCUGGGUCUCCCAGCGGCACAGGGCGGAGCAAGGAGCGGAUACAUCCCUGAAGAUGUCCUGAUAUCGCAGGUGUUACCGGAAAUUAAGAACACCACCAUGUAUGUAGGUGUAAUGUUGUGGUCCAAGUACUAUGAUGACCUUAUUGGUUACAGUUCUUCCAUCAAAAAUUACGUUAAAUGUUCUUCUGGGUGUUUGUAUUUGCUUAUCGGGUGUUGGGGCAAAUUACAUCUUUGUAUCCUUUAA